AUGUCUCUGCGUUCCGACCUGAAAAACCGACUGACCGCCGGUGAGACGAUAGUCGCGCCGGGCGCCUACGAUCCGAUGUCGGCCCGAGUAGUGCAAUCCCUGGGGUUCGAUACCGUGUACGUCGGCGGCUACAUGAGCGGCGCCCACCUGGCGGUAACCGAGCCGCUGAUGACGCUGACUGAGCAGGUCGACGUGGCCGAGCGAGUGGCGAAAUCGGUGCCGCUGCCGGUGAUCUGCGACGCCGGAGCCGGCUAUGGAGAUCCGGUGCACACCAUGCACACGGUGCGCGUGUUCGAGCGGGCCGGCAUCUGCGGCAUUCACAUCGAGGACCAGGUGUUCCCCAAACGGGCCUCAUAUCACGCGGGCCUGGAGCACGUCAUUCCCAUCGACGAGUUCCUGGAAAAGAUGCGGUACGCGGUAGAGGCGCGCAGCGACCCCGACUUUUUGAUCAUCGGCCGCACGGACUCGUUCACGGCGGUUGAGGGCGACAUGGACGAUGCCAUCCAGCGGGGCAACGCCCUGCGUGAUCUGGGCGUGGACGUGGUGAUGCCCCGGGGAGUGCGCCAGCGCGAAGACCUGGCGACCUACCGCGCCGGAGUGCCCGACGUGCCGCUGCUGGUCAUCGCCGGCACCGACGACAUCACCGUGCAGGAAUACGAGGAGUUGGGCUACAAGGUCAUCAUCUACGCCACGACACCGGCCAUUGCUGCCGUGCAGGGCAUCCAACGGGCGUACACCAGCCUGCGGGACACCGGUCACAUCGGUAUCGGAGCCGCAGAAGUGGCCCAGCGUCGAGCCGAAGUGGAGGCGCUGAUCAGCCUGCCCGAGUACCAGGCGGUGGAAGCGGCCACGACGGAGCGAGAAUUCCAGGAUCGAGCGCGGCACUGA